CACACACACACACUGAACAUCUUGAGUAGUUUAGAGCCAGUCCACGGCAACAUUAGAGGGGAGAAAGCAGAGGAGGUGCGUGUGUGUGUGUGUGUGUGUGUGUCUGCAUCUGUGCCAUGAGAGUAAAAGCACAGUGACUACUACUUCUCUUUUUUUGGUGGUGUGGUGUUUCAGUGUGUGUGUGUGCGUGUGUGUGUGACGACAGAGUGCAUGUGUGUCCGUGCUGUUGGAGGAGAUGCUGCCGGGCGCGAUGGCUCUUUUGCGUUAGUAUCCGCGCGGACGGGAGAGUUGGAGGCAGUUGUUUUGUGGGACUCGCGGGGAAUGGCAAACUCACCGGUCUCCUUGGAAACAUCCGACUAGAUGACAAUGGCCGAGGCGAUCUGCUGCACUUUGGUGAACUGUAACUGUGACAGCUUCAAGCCUGGGAAGCUGAAGAGGAGGCAGUGCGAGAACUGCAAGCAUGGCUGGGUGGCGCACGCCCUGAGUAAACUGAAGGUCCACCACAUGUACCAGAGCAGCCAGGUGGAGAUUGUGCACUCCAACGUGGUGUUCGAUAUCUGCAGCCUGAUGCUGUACGGCACCCAGGCCGUCCCCAUCCGCCUCAAGAUCCUCCUGGACCGUCUGUUCUCUGUGCUCAAGCAAGAGGAGGUCAUCCAGAUCCUCAACGCACUGGACUGGACCCUGCAGGACUACAUACGUGGAUACGUCCUCCAGGAUGUAGCCGGUAAGGUACUGGACCGUUGGGCCAUCAUGACUUUCGAGGAGGAGAUCGCCACACUGCAGCAGUUUUUGCGUUUCGGCGAGACCAAGUCCAUAGUGGAGCUGAUGGCUCUGCAGGACAAGGAGGGCCAGGCUGUGUUGGUUCCUAGCACCCGCACCAACUCUGACAUCCGCACCUUCAUCGAGCGCAACACGCCUCGCGCCGCCGCCAACCUCUCGCCGGCCAAAAUCGAUAAACUGAGCAGCAGUAGCAUGCACCACUUUGAGAACUUUGUCAACAGCAUGGCGUUCAUGCUGCCCUUCCAGCUGCUGGGCUCCGUUCCUGCACCCUUCCUGGGCUCCCCGGCAGGAGCGCCGCAGUACCCGCAGCACCAGCAGCCAUGCCGCGGGUCAGUGGAGCAGCAAAGCCACAGGCGAGACGAUCAAAGCUGUGACGGCCCGGGGAGGGAUAACCCCCUCACUCUUUCGCACCCCCCCGAGAGCAGCCUGCUCGGAUCGGGCGCCGUCUCAUUCACUGCUGAUCUGGACCGGAGCGGAGACAGGAAAAUGGACAUCAUCUCCACCACUACAAAGAUGUGCGGAGACUUCUCCACGAGCGACAACUACUCGGAAGGCCCUUCGACUCCGUGCACACCCUCCAUGAGCUCGGACGUAACGCAAAAUGUCGCCGAGAGCAAGAUGCGCUGCCUGGAAAGGAUUGGGAGCGGCGGCGGGGGGCUCUCGGCGGGCAGCGGGGGCGUGUGCUCUCUGAAGAAAGGCCGGGUGUACUGCAACGCCUGUGAGAAGACAUUUUACGACAAAGGCACGCUGAAAAUCCACUACAAUGCAGUGCAUCUGAAGAUCAAGCACAAGUGCACCAUCGAUGGCUGCAACAUGGUUUUCAGCUCCCUGCGCAGCCGCAAUCGCCACAGCGCCAACCCAAACCCACGGCUGCACAUGCCCAUGAACCGUAACAACCGGGACAAAGACAUCCGGGGCAGCUUGUCGGGAGAUGAGGGCUCCCCGGGGGAGAAGAGGCCUGAUUAUGGAAUCCCCAUCCCCGUCUGCGCCGCAGAAAGCCACAAGUCAGUGCCCAGCUACAUGGUGAGCCACGUGGACACUGGCGCUAAGCUCCACAGCAGCUCCUUCCCCAACAUGGGCCAGAGCGGCAUCCUCUUCCCCAAUCUGAAAACGGUGCAGCCAGUCUUGCCUUUCUACCGCAGCCUGGUGACCCCGGCAGAGCUCGCCAACACCCCAGGGACGCUACCCUCCCUUCCGCUGUUGUCCUCCUCUGUGCCCAUCAAACCACUGGCGGGCCCUGAACCGUGCGCGGCGGACCCCGUACCAAAGAAAAAGUCUCGCAAGUCAAGCAUGCCGAUAAAGAUAGAGAAGGAGAUGGUGGAGCGAGAUGAGCGGGCAGAUAAAGGGGAGGCGUCCGAGGACGAGGCUCCUUUUCAGGGCCGAGACGUAGAAGAAGAGUGUGACAGACUUCGAGGAGAACGGCGCGUGUGCACAAGACAAGCUGUGGACGAGAGGGACACGAGGGGAGGGCACAUUGGCGAGGAGAAAGAAAGGGAGGUCCACAAGCAUCUCCUGGACCUCCCUUUAGAUCGUGAAGUGACGGCGAGGGAGGACAAAGACGACGAGCCAACGCGAGACGAAACAGGGGUCUUCUCCUCUACAGCUUCCCCGUUGGAGGACAGACUGAUGGAGAACCGCUGUGACGACGACUUCCUUUGUCAGCCCCCCAAAGGCAGUGAAGAGAGGGAAGAGGGGGAUCACGCACACACUGACAGGAUCGCACGGCUCGGAUGGGAUGACGGCGAGCACAAGCGGUCCAACGGCGGCGCUCUGCAGCUCGUAGGCCGCGAGAGAGAGGCAUCGGACGGCUGCGUCGACGACUACGGAAACUCUGGCUUUUCCCAACUCGACCCCGACGGUGACCUUCCACACCACUGUGAGAUCUGCAGUAAGACCUUUAAGAACCCCUACAGUGUUAAAAUGCACUACCAGAAUGUCCACCUGAAGGAGAUGCACGUGUGCACGGUGGACGGCUGCAACGCUGCCUUCCCCUCCCGCAGGAGCCGAGACAGACACAGUGCAAAUUUGAACCUGCACCACAAGCUUCUAACCAAAGACUCAUUCAGCCCAGCCAACCCACUAUACUUGCCCUCAUCCCACUGUAUAGACAGAGACCCGGCCACUCUGGACUACUAUCAAGACCGGGAUCUACCCCAUCGAGACCCGACCAGCCAGACGUCCGUCAUCUUCCGAGGACACAAUCGCAUGGGCCUGGUCUUCCCAAUGAGCCAAAUGUCCACCGCACCAAACAGUGCUGAGGUGUCUCCUUUAGCGGACAUGGAGGCUUUAGGGGGCGGAGGGGAGGGGGAUGGAAAUGGGGAGGAUGGGGCAGUGCUGGACCUGAGCACCUCCUCGUCCGCCCCCCCCCGGGGCAGCGGCAGUGUCCGCUCUUCCUGGGACUCAGACGGCGCCGGUAGCGAGGAAGGGGUCGAAGAGGACGAGGAGGCGCUCCACAUGGAGGACAGCGACGAAAGCUGCGACGGACUCGGCGCGGGGAGGCCGGGGCGCGAGGAGCUGGUGCUCGCGGGCGGGAGGACCCUGGGCUGCAUCGGGGGAGGACAAGGCGGGCUUCAGGGAGGUGGGGGCGGGUCUCCGAUAACCUGCCACGUCUGCCAAAAGGUCUACAGCAACAAGGGCACGUUCAGAGCGCAUUACAAAACCGUCCACCUGCGACUGCUUCACAAGUGUAAAGUCCCCGGCUGCGACACGUCCUUCUCUUCUGUACGAAGCAGGAACCGCCACAGCCAGAACCCAAACCUUCACAGGAACCUAGCCGUUGGCUCCGGGUCCGCCAUGGAGCAGGAGUAGGGACAACGUGGCCCUGGGGUUGUAAUUGUCAUUUUUGUCGUUGUCGAUGUGUUUGGGCACCUACAAGAAGGCUCGCCAGUUGGCACUUUUUAAAAUAUCCAGCUGUGAUAUUUUCGGGGGCGAAAAAUAAAGUACAAUUAGAAGUUUAUUUUUAAUUGGCAAAUAAAACUUGCUUUUAGAUGGUUGUGUUCCCACAUCAACGAUUAAAUGUCAGUGAGUCCUCUGCGUUGGUUUGCCUUACAGCCCACUUUAAAGAUUCUAACGAUGUCUCUGUUUGACUGUCUGCGUGUUGUUCAUGUGAGAGUUGAGUAUCAUAGGAGUUGUUUUCUCUCUGGUGUUUUUGUUGUCAGAUGUUCACAUCACACCUGUGAAGCUGUGCAUAAUGUGAUCAAAAACAGUAGUGAAGUAACCUCGACAUAUUUCCUUUUUUGAAAAAUAGUCUUUGUUGAAAAGCUAUGGUGUUGUGAGCUUGACCAAUAAGUUAUUGUAUUGUGUUAUAUAUGAUCUGUCUUCACUGUUCUGCUUGUUGCAUACUGCCAAUGUUGACCAAAGAUUUUUCAGUCCACAGGUGUGUAUAGAAACCUUUUCAUAAUGUGUGAGGGGUAUGCAGUAUUAAAUGGGGCCGCCCAGUCUUAUCCCAUCUUAUUUGUGUCAGCAGUAUUCAUGGGUGGGCUCUGUAUCUGUAAAAUAGGGUCAAAUUCACCAAAAUAAAACAUAAAAGAACAGUUUUUGAUUGAUCACGGUAUAAUGAAAUAUUUUGAUUUUGAUGGUGUUUUUGUAAAGAAACCUGCUCAUGGGACUAGACUUGAUUUAGGCAUCGUAUUGUUUGUGUGGUUGCUUGCAGUAUCCUGACUGACUGGACGAUAAGCAGGACGAUAUGCUGCGUCUGGAGGUUAGAAGCAUGUACUGUGAAUGAGUCAAACACUGAUAGAAAAUAACAAUAGUAAUAAUAGAAAAUGAUAAUAAUUGUCCAACAUGUGAGCACACCGGAAAAAAACAAAAACUGGUAAACAAAAUGUUUAUUGAACUGUAUAUUCUGUGAAUAGAGUUAUUUGUUAUUUGAAAGAAACCAAAAAAUAUACUGUAUAAAAAAGGCUCAUUUCACCUCUCCCAUCACAUGUUCCUCUUUUCGUUCUCUUUUUUUAAAUCACUGAACAAGUGCGCUGGACCUCAUGCAGGACCCACUCACAUGAACGCUGUGUUGUCAAGUGACUUGUACCAGUGAUUUAGGAACAUGCCACAUUUGCCACUUUGCUCCUAUUUUCUCUUAGCUAAGUACGAGAUUUACGAGUGGCCUGAGUUGGGGUUCAUGUACAAUUACUCUACAUCGCCUGGGUUCGUCACAAAUGAGAUAUUUUGGUCAUUUUAACUGUAAUUUUAAAUUUGAAAAUACUCCAAAAUAAUUAGAACUAUGUUAUUUAUGACACUACGGUGUUUCCUGCACGUCUGACUGAAGGCUAAUAUAAUUCUAAUUUCAGCGUUUAUUUAAAUAUUGAUGCUAUCGGACAACACUAGAAUUUCAACAUGAAUAUCUCAAACUGCAAAUGAACCUUUAGGUAUUUAAACCCCGGGUGUAGCGAUACGUUCUUCAUACUUCUUCUUCUUCAUUUGGUUGACAGUACGAUCCUCAGGUGAAAGGGCAGAAACAGCAGUUGUUAUUUUUCCACCUUCCUCAGCUCUAGUUUGAUCCCUUAUUUCCGUUAAUGAUGCUGAUGAAGACUUAUGGAUUUUCCUUUAUGGAAGACUUCAAAAUAGGAUUCAUGGGGCAGGACGAGUCGCCCUAUGGUGUCUUAUUGGGCUGUUAAUUAUGCUGACACGUAAUUCCCAUUCACGCAGGCUCAUUCAAUGUACUCAGCUAUCUGAAGCUAGCAGGGUUGGCACACGAGCAGGAAAGACGUAAGAGAAAGUUAAGUUAGAGAAUAUGAAAAUGGUCUUGCAUGAGGUUCGUUACGUUAUUAUUUCACUUCAGCGUUUUGUUCUGGUUUUGCUCUGCAUUGUGCCUUUUGUUUUCAUUUGGUAUUUAAAUGCAAUGCAGCAGAUUUAGGAUCCCAUUUGUAUGUUGUUCGGAUUUGUAAAAAAGAAAAAAUGGAGUUAAGCUGACAUAUGUUGAUUGGUGUUCAUAUUUCCUUUGAUUUAAUGUUUCAAUAUUAAUUUCAAUUAAAUAAAAAGCCAUAUGUUUGCA